AUGGCUAACACUAGUGGGGCAGUAAAUAACGAACCGUAUAUGGAAAAGGAGCUUUUACUACCCUACACUCAUAUAUCACGCAUUAAAAACAAACAGCUUCGUGUAAAACUCCCACUUGCUUUUAAUGAGUUUUAUAAAUUACCGGAUGAACUGGCAAAUAAAAUCGUGGACUUGGUGGAUAUGCUCCAUAAUGGUACACUACUGAUCGAUGACAUUCAGGACAACACCCUGAUCCGCCGUGGUGUGCCAGCGGCACAUUCUGUUUAUGGGAUUCCCCUAACUCUCAAUACUGCACUCCAUGUCAUUGUAUUGAUGGUAACAAGACUGCUAGAAUUAGGAAAUCCUAUGGCGAUAAAGGUUUUCUGUGAAGAAUUCCUAGAAGUUAUCCGCGGUCAAGGAAUCGAAGUUUAUUGGAGAGAUAACUUUAUUUGUCCAACGGAGGAACAGUAUGAUAAAAUGAAUAAACAAAAAACGGGACACAUGUAUUUGCUAAGUGUUCGGCUAAUGCAACUGUUUAGUAAUAAUAAGACGGAUUAUAGCGAUCUUGUUCUAAACAUGGGCCUCUAUUAUCAAUUGAGGGAUGAUUAUUGUAAUCUUGUUCACCAGGAGGCCCUUGAAGAAUGGACGACUAGAGAUGAAAAGAAGGCUGAGAUAUUUUGUGAAGAUUUAUCAGAAGGGAAAUUUUCGUUACCUAUAAUCCAUGCAGCUGGAACAUCGGAUGGAGAAGCUGUACUUCGUAUCCUUUUCUAUUUAGACCAAUUUUUGUUACAUGAACAGACAUAA